AUGUCGAGUCCAGACGCCUUGUCUCUAGCCGGAGAUGUUCGACAUGCCCUGAUAUCGCUAUCUCCAGAAGAUCCUAUUCAUGAGUGUGGUAGUGCGCCACUCCAAAUCAUCCAACAACGCCCUGAAGACGUGCUAGCUCUGGCUCACCAGAAAUUGCACACCUGGAAGUUUGAUAGUGUCCCACUCUGUUGGCGUCGCUUGUAUGAGGAAGCCAGCCUGUAUCAGGCAAUCCUUAUCCUCAAUGACCAUGGCGCCCGUGGUCAGAAGCGAAAGCGCCAUGCUUCACCAUCGUCUGAGCAUGACUACAUUACCCGUCUAGUUCAUUUGCUCGACAUGGCAAUCAUUCUGACCGGUGCUCCUCGUCAUCGCCAACUUAUACUAAGUAUCUUUGACUCGUUGCAACAUUUCCUUGAUCCAGACGAACACAAAGACAUUGCUAAGACCUUUCCUGUUGCACAAAUACCUCAAUCCCAAAUUGACACUUUCACUCGUGUCCAACGCCUAGACUUUCUACAGUUCCAACAACAUCUUGACACCAAGACAACACCAAUUAUCAUCAAAGGUGUGAUCGAUGAGUGGCCUGCAAUAGAUACCACAGAUCGAUGUUGGAAUGAUCCGUCCUAUCUACUCAAGGCUACGCUCGGAGGGCGACGCUUGGUACCAGUGGAGUUGGGUAGGAGCUAUACAGACGAUGGCUGGUCUCAGCGCAUCAUGACAUUUGCCGAAUAUAUGAAGAGCCAUCUCCUACAACCCAAGCAAGAACUAACCGGUUAUCUUGCUCAGCACGACCUUUUCUCUCAAGUGCCGUGCCUGAGCGCAGACACAAAUACUCCAGACUAUUGUUAUACAGAUCCACCUCCGGCCAAAUCCUUCUCUUCGACCGUCGAGGUCGAGACUCUGCAUGAGCCUCUUCGCAAUGCCUGGCUUGGACCAGCAGGUACCAUCAGUCCGUUGCACACAGAUCCCUACCACAAUAUACUGUGUCAAGUCGUGGGCUACAAGUACGUCCGCCUGUACGCACCUACACAGACAGAAAAGCUGUAUCCUCGUGGUAUUGAUGAGACCGGCGUCAACAUGGAGAACACAUCACAUGUCGAUAUUUCUCUAGUGAAGAAGUUGUACGCACCGGGUGAGCAAGAUCACGUAGAUGGGACGAAAGAGCAAUUCGAGGAACAAUUUCCAUUGUUUGGAGACGCAGAGUGCAUCGAGGGCGUACUGGGGCCAGGCGAGUGUCUGUACAUUCCUGUAGGAUGGUGGCACUAUGUAGAAAGUCUCAGCACGAGCUUCAGCAUGAGUUUCUGGUGGAAUUGA